AUGAACACAAGCAAGAAUGUUAGACAUACGAAAAUAUUCAUCAGAAUAGUAGAGCAUUCUUUCUAUAAAAUCUCUCUCUCUCUCUCUCUCUUCCUGCCUCAUGUUCUAUCUAUCUAUCUAUCUAUCUAUCUAUCUAUCUAUCUAUCGCAGUCUGUUCAUAUCUAUCUAUCUAUCUAUCUAUCUAUCUAUCUAUCUAUCUAUCACUUCCGUUACCCUAUCUAUCUAUCUAUCUCAUUCUUUUCACGUCUAUCAAUCUAUUUUUUCUGUUCAUUCUAUCUAUCUAUUUAUCUAAGUCAUUUCUUUCAUGUCUAUCAAUCUAUGCUAUCUAUAUAUCUAUCUAUCUAUCUAUCUAUCUAUCUAUCUAUCUAUCUAUCUAUCACUUCCGUUACCCUAUCUAUCUAUCUAUCUAUCUAUCUAUCUAUCUAUCUAUCUAUCUAUCUCUGUUGGUCUAUUUUCACUGGAGACGUUCUUAGUCGCCAUCCAGCAUUUCUUUAUUGCGAAAUUCUCUUUCAGACAACGUCGUCGUUUUCAAAGCAAUAUGUACACGGAUGUGUUCAUGACAACAUUGCUUGGAAUAAUAUACUGGAGGAAAAGAAAAAGCGGAUCCGUAUGACCGAUUAA